AUGGAAAACAACGGCACCCUCCCUGAUUCGUACUUCAAUGCGGUUUUCGACAGCUUUCUCAUCCUUCUCAGCGUCGCUGUAAUAGCCGUCAAUUUGCUGGUCAUCUCGCUGUUUGUUUGUCGAGAAUAUCUGCAAACGAAGACCAACAGUUUGUUAAUCAGCCUCGCUGUAUCCGAUCUAUUGGUCGGCUUGCUCGGGAUACCAAUGAAUGUGAUUUGUAACGCCUUGCUCGAUGUCGGGGUGUGCAUGGCAGCUGGUCUUAUCUAUCGUUUCAUCGCUGUCUCCACCAUCUACCACAUUCUACUAGUAACUCUUGAACGCUACAUUUAUGUAAUGUACCCCAUGAAGUACAUAAAUAUCGUUACUGUACCGCGUCUACUCACGGUCAUAGCCGCAGUGUGGAUCUUCUCCCUGUUUGCCGCUCUGAUUCAACUCGCCUGGCUAGACCCUUCAAACUUUUUCUACCAAACGAAAACCCCUGAAGAGAUCAGGUUCGAUGUGGGAUACCACAUCUUUGGAAGCGUUUUCUGCUUCUUUCUCCCCGCAAUAAUAAUGGCCUACAGCUAUGUUCGCAUGUUUCUGGUCAUUCAUCGACAAAUUAAAGAGAUCCAAGGGUUGUACAACACUCGCAGUGCUGGACACGCAAAUCAAAAAGCACCCAUCGCCACUGAAGCACGAGCCUUGAGUAUUUUCGCCAUAAUGCUUACAGUCUUCAUAAUUUGCUGGCUUUCCUUUUACGUAAGUGGUUUUCUUUUUGCAGUACUGCCCGGAUCCGAGCUGGCGCUGUCCGAGAAACUGUUCAUGGCGUUUGAUUACAUUCGUUUCUCGGUGGCUUUUGUCAACCCUUUUCUGUACGCGUUUCUCAAGCGCGAUUUCUCACGCGCGCUCAAAUCACUGUGUAGAAGGGACGGAGUUCAGCCAGGUGAGCUUGCCUCGACAGCUUCCGGGUCACGCUUUCGGACGCUGACAAUCAAUUUCUCUUUGUCGAGAUCCUCGGACAUGUAUAGGGAUGCAUAA